CCCCGCCGCAGCGAUUUAUUUCCGACAUAACCUACUAUUAACUGUCGCAAACGUCAAUAAAUGACGGAUGUCAUAGUGUAUUUACGAUUUGUGAACUUGGAGUGAUUUCUGUGCUGUGUAGUGUACAAAUUAUGUGAAUGUGACAAGACUUUUAUGUGUUGGUUAAGUCAGGAGUUUCGUAAUGAAAAAUCAGUAAAUGCCGCGAAGAAGACAUACUACACGGCGAAAUGGUCGACUUAUAGCAGCGGGCAGACGCGAGAGAUACGUGCGAGGGUGGCGGCGGAAACGGAAAAAUGUUAAUACUAGUGAUAGUCCAUUUUGUCACGCUACCUGUGAUCACGUGGAGACCAGUCAAAGGGGAUACGGGAAUAGAAGAUAAGACUCAACCAUUAAUCAGUUCUAGGGUCGUCAGGACUAAAUACGGUGAUAUUAGAGGGUUCAUAAUGACACCGGAAUCAAGGUUUCUUGAACCAGUCGAAGUAUUCCGAGGUGUGCCUUACGCAUCUCCUCCAGUAGGUUCAUUAAGAUUUAUGCCUCCAGUGUCAGGAGCACAAUGGUCAGGAGUGAAAAUCGCAGAAGAAUUCAGUCCGGUCUGUCCACAAGUGCUGCCAGAUAUAAGAAAUGAAACAGCAGUCUUGAAACGGAUAUCAAGAGGGCGAUUAGAAUAUUUAAAAAGGAUAUUACCAUUUUUAACGAAUCAAUCGGAAGAUUGUCUCUACCUCAACAUUUAUGCUCCCGCCCAAGCAGGCGUGCGGGACGCUGCAGCGCGCUACCCCGUACUGGUGUUUGUACACGGAGAGAGCUACGAGUGGAGCUCAGGCAACGCGUACGACGGCGCAGUGUUGGCCGCGCACGCCGGCCUACUCGUCGUCACCAUCAACUACAGGCUUGGUCUUCUCGGUUUCCUGAAUCCCCGUUCCGACGAGUUUCCAAGAUCGCCAGCUAACUACGGUCUAAUGGACCAGAUCGCGGCGCUGCACUGGAUAAAGGAGAACGUGGGUGUGUUCGGUGGAGACCCCACUAAUGUGACCCUCAUGGGACACGGCACUGGUGCAGCGUGUGUGCACUUCUUGCUUACGUCACUAGCCGUUCCAGAAGGUCUGCUGUUUCACAGAGCUAUUCUUAUGUCAGGAUCAGGACUGAGUCCCUGGUCUCUGGUCGCCGAUCCUCACAAAUACGCUACAAUAGUCGCGAGACACGCCAAUUGUUCUCCCGAUCUGACGCCGCCCGCUCUGCUGCGGUGUUUACGUGAGCGUCCGCUCGAGGCGCUGCUGUCCGCUCCUGUGCGCGCACCUGACUUCUCAUAUGCGUUCGGGCCCAGCGUUGAUGGGGUUGUCAUUGACACAGGAGAUCUUCUGAUGAAUCCAGAGAACACAUACGAAUGGGGUGGGCAGAGUGGGCACGGCGGCGGCCAGCAGACUGCAGUCAACAUCAUAAACGCCGUGCUGAUGCGCAAGAGUGCGGUCGCUCAACUCACCAAGUACGACUUGAUGCUGGGAGUGACGAAAGCAGAAGCAUACUUCGCGUUCAGCGGCGAGGACGUGCAGUACGGCAUCGAGGCGGACAGGCGCUCCAAGAUACUCAAGUCGUUCGUCAGGAACACCUACUCAUAUCAUCUCUCCGAAAUUCUAGCUACUAUUAUAAACGAAUACACAGAUUGGGAGAAACCGGUGCAACAUCCCAUCAAUAUCAGAGACGAGACUCUGGAGGCGCUGAGCGACGCGCAGGUGGUCGCGCCCAUAGUGCUGACUGCCGACACGCACUCCGCGCUGCGACGCAACUCCUACCUCUAUGUCUUCGACUACCAGACCAAGUAUGGAGAUUAUCCACAGCGUCAAGGCUGCAUACACGGCGAGGAGUUGCCGUACAUAUUCGGCGCGCCGCUGGUCGGCGGACUCGCUCACUUCCCACGUAACUACACCAAGGCUGAGCUAGCACUCUCUGAAUCUGUCAUGCUCUAUUGGGGAAAUUUUGCUAAGACUGGCAAUCCAAAUGAAGCUCAAGAAAGUGAUCCAAUAAGAGCAGGUCGACAAGAACGAGUAAGAAUGAAGAACAUGGAGUGGACGGCAUACGAAGCUGUUCAUAAGAAAUAUUUAAACAUAGAUAUAAAAUCUAAAUUAAAGAAUCAUUACAGGGCACACAGGCUAUCGUUCUGGUUGAACCUCGUGCCCGACUUGCAUCGUCCCGGGGGAGAAGACGUUCCUCCCUCUCAUCAUCAGCUCGAGCACGAAGAUACGUCCUUACAGCCCACUAUAAAAACAUUCACACCGCCCUUCAAGAAGAUCACUGAUUUGAUUCUAUCGGAGACCGGGGUUGCCACAAAAGUACCGAUGCUGGCGGUACUUAAUGUUACCUCUCCAUUGAACUUCAACGUCGGUGGAGCAAACCCUCCUACACAAAGUCCGGAGGUGCACAAAUCGGACGCGACCACUUCUCCGCCACCGGAAGACGGGUUCGCGGCCUAUUCUACCGCUUUGAGUGUUACCAUCGCAAUCGGCUGCUCCUUACUUAUUUUGAACGUAUUAAUAUUCGCCGGCGUGUACUAUCAGCGAGACAAGACGCGAAUGAACGGCCAAGACGGCAACAUGAACGGCUCUCAUCUGAAGAAGCGCGUCGAAAACGGUCAGAUGCCCAACAAUAUUUGCGGCGACCUCGAAGGGACGUUGACCUAUCAGACGAGCCUCAAGAACGAUCCGGCGACGAUCCUCGGUCAUCAUCACACGCACUCCCAUCAUCAACUGCCGCCGCCGGAGUUCGCCGAUUUGCCGAGCAACAACGUGGCGAGCAUGCCGAGCAUGCCGAGCAUGGCGACGCUGCCGCGAGCGCCGCCGCCGCCCAAACUGGGGAAGAGCAAUAUAAACACCCUAGCAGGCGGUCAGCUGCAGGAGAACCAGCCGCUGCUGUCCGCGCACCACAUUCAGAUGAUCAACACGAGCACGUUGACGAAGAAGAACACGCAGCUGAACGCGAAGUCGAACGUGACGAUGGAGGAGCUGCGCGUGUGACGUCAGCGCGCCUGACUGCAACGCGCCGGCAGUUGCAGUGACGUGGCUCACCACGACGAGAUCGUGUGACUUCAGCCGGACCUUCUCGAGAACCUCGCGGACUAUAUCUAACCGUUCCACUUCUCGGCUAUAGAAGGUUAAAAACACUGUGUUGUGAUCUCAAACGUUUGUGACCUUUUAAUAUAAGUAGUGAAAUCAAAUAUGAUAACAUUUUAUAGUGUACUAGUACGAGUACUGAAGACUUUAACAAAGAUAUAAGAAGAAACACUACGUAGUGAAGUGUCGUGUGAAAACAUUUUGUGACUUAUAUAACCAUAUCUAAACGAUUCGAUAGGAGUGUCGGUGUCUUAAAUCGGACGUUAAUAUUUAUCAUUGUGUAAAUGUUUGUAAAUAACAUUAAUAGUAAAGGUUAAAAUUAAAAUGUACAUAGUGGUGUGAACAGUUCAGCCGCAUAUCCCUCCUACUCACACUAAUUGUAUGUCGACUUAGAAAUUAGUAUUUAAUUGUCACGUAAUCAUAUUCUCUCUAUUUCCUAUAAAAUUAUACUU